AUGUUCCUCAUCAAACCAUAAACACCUACUUUUGGAGAUAAAAAACUAUAAUCCAAACCAGUUAUUCAUGUCCCUGAAAUUACUAAUCAAUCUCGCUUCUAUAGUGUUCCUACUAGAUAAACACAAUAAUAAAGUAGAAGUUCAUCUAUUCGAAAAAAAAAUGACCUCUUAGUAUACAAUAUAUCUAUCAUUAUAUCUAGAUUAAGAAAUGGAAGGAACUCUAUGAAGAAUAAACCAGCUAUUAUUUGCGUCUCCUUAAAGUUAAUAAUAUUAAUCAUAUUGAACUUCCAAAAUUUUAACUAUAAAAAUGA